GGUGUUUCCGAAAAAAUCGAGAUCGAAGGAAAGUUUCACAACGAGAUAAGGUUGAAACAGCACACCGUACACAGCCCACCAACCAUGAUUGGUUGCGAUCGUUCAUAACGGUCUUUGAACAUUCAUAGACCUCAAAGCCUGCAGCACAGUCAUCCAACUUCUCUCGGCGAACAAGAACCAUGGUGGAGAUCCACACCGGCAGAAACAGAAGCGCCCGACGUACUACCAGCCUUGCCGCGUACAUGAUGGCUCUGGUCGUGGUCGUGUCGUGCCUGACGUACAGGCGCCACUCUUCCGUGGUGCGGACAGCAGGGCUGCAACAGAAGGACCACCAUCUGGCGUACCCCGAUCCGGAACAGGAACAGCAACAGCCGAGCCCAGCAUUGAAUUCGAACAAUCGGCGGGAGGACACCAAACACCAGAGAGGGGCUCUGCGACAACCAUCCGCGGCCUUGUCGUCGRMACGGACGCAGAGGCAGCUCCGUUUGCGAUACGACUGGACCAACCUCUCCCCCAGUCUCGAUCUGACGAAGAACAUCCUGCGACACCAAUCGAACUGCUCCGUUCCCGUGGGGACCUUCACCUACAGGAACCGCUUUGGUCUCGGGAGCGAUCUGCACACGUACGCUCUGGCGCUCGGAAACGGAAUCGAGGCAAACCGGCGCAUUCGGACGGUGGGAAACUGGACGUGGAUGGACCGGGACGAGUGCGGAAGAGAAGGCUCCGGCGCCACCGACACCCCGGGCAGSGGGCGCGAAMCCUUUGGCACCCCGCUGGGAUCGCCCAUGCGGUGUUAUUUUGUCGCCUCCGAGCUGAACUGUCCCGGGGAUCUGGAACACGCCCUCGCCAAUCCGGCAUUCGAUCCGGAACACGGCCUCAGCAGGCCCAACGGCAACGUCUUGGUUCCGAGCGGCGAUUACGCCUCGGCGAUCCUGCCGUCGAAAAAGGACGGCGGGGAGCAAAAGCUGGCAACGGCCGUCGUGGAAUCACUAUUCGUGCGCACGGCCCCGCGGGUGGUCCGGGAGGCGGAACGGCAACUCAAUCUGGUCUUUGGCGGCAGGGACGGGGUUCCGAAGGACCUUAUCACGGUUCACAUACGAUGGGGUAGGUACCGAUCGAUCGAUUGGAUUGGAUUGGAUUGGUCGAUCGCUAGAAUCUUUCCGCUACCAAGUGGCGCGGUGCCCAGCCGAAUCGAAAUAAACUUUGAGUGGCGCUCAUUCAAAAGCUCUUUUUUCUUCUUCUUUUCUACAGGAGACAAAGUAACAACGUAUCAGGGAAAAAAACGCAAGCGACUGCCCGAGAUGUACGUAAAUAAUMCCGACCAAUGUGCAACCACUACCGAUAUUCUUUUGCUCGUGGUGAGGGCGAUGGAAAAGCGGACGAAACUACGUGUCUGUUCUCAUCUUACAAUUCAUUGCACGCAUUUSAUGUUKUUUUUUCAAUGCAGGAAAAAAGUUGGUAUUUCCGAUUACAUCCAGGCUGUUCGUCAAAUCUUAGACAAACGGACUAGCUCAUCCAAGUCCGCGACACAUACGAAUUUCACAAGCACCGAAGAGACAGCCAACAUAUACCUGGCCACAGAAGAUCCUCGGGCGGUCGACGAGUUCAGAAAGGCUCUUCCUAAAGGAUGGAAUCUUUUCGUAGACCAAUUUUUGGUGGACACCAGCGACCACCGGGUUGACGAGUACAAUGGUGUUCCUAAGAUGGCCAAAUCCUUGAACGGCAGGKUGGGCCUCCUCGCUCUCGGMUCCCUCUUGGUGGGGAUGGAAGCCAAUGACUUUGUGCUAACGACAGCAAGCAACUGGAGCCGGUUGAUGAACGAAUUGAGGCAGUCGAUUUUGGAUCCGCGUUGCGGAGAAUGUACGUCCGCGAUAGAUUUGAGACCGCAAUAGAACGGCAAACUGUGAUUUAASGUAGUUAMACAGCACAGUGAAAUAGAGAAAAAUAGAUUGGGGCAUAUCAGUAAAUCAACCAUUAAAUAAUGAAUUCUUGCUGUUGUUCCGCACUUAUAACCCAAGUCUUCACUACUUGUCCGUCCACCUUGACGUUCCAUCUGUGUCCUUCAAAGGUAUUAGCACCCAGUUGUGGGUCAUCGUGUCCAAAAUUGCCCCAAAACUGCGCCUCGUCGUAGUAGAGCAUCGCAUUCUUCAUAGCUGGGUCGUUUCCUGAAUUAAUGAAUGAUGCAGUUAUUUGUUUUGCUGUUUGACGUGAAGAUUCUUCCAGGCGUUUCCGCUCUUCGGACGUCAUGUCUUCCCUCUUSGGAGCUCCCUCAAAACUUUCCCUCGGCGUGUUCCAAACCCACAAGUUGGCKGCCCACUUAUCUCCCUUCAGCACCGGACAGCCCCCGUGCAGGGACAUGGGAUCUUCCCUCCCGUCRGGCAAUUGAGAGUAAAAAAGCACAGCGCGCCCGGCACGGGGUCGAACGGAGAAUUUCGACCGACAGGUAGCUACCAUUAGUUCUUCCCACGAUUCCUCUUCGAUCCCGGCUCGUUCUGCRUCCCCCGASGCUCUCAACUCCGCCAACGCGUCCUCCUCGGAUUUUUGUUCUCCCUCCGGCCAGAUUUUAGAAAACACUUUCGCCCAUUGGUACAAACGUGAUUCGAAUCCAUGAAUGAACACAGUGUAAGCUAACGAUCAACCCAUGGUCUUGUGAUCAACAAAUGGAUACCAUCGCCAUCCUGCGCAUCGCUUACCAGUCUCCCCACCGUCGCCUUCUUCAAUAUCGGUCAUAUAAAGCAAAACGGUCGCAUAGCGGUUGCCUCCUUUUCUGGGAGAGUUGUAGUCAAAGGCUGWUUUUGUAGAUACAGGAAGAUAGUCCAUGUGGGGCACGUAUGCCUGGGUAAGGCUUUACAAACAAAAAAGGAGAAUCGAAUAGUCAAGUGUAGAGUUGAGAGAUAACAAUAAGCCGUGAURAGAGGUUCGGUGAUGUUGCGAAGGUUGUGUUCGUUAACGAAGAACUUCUCGCCUAAUCCAUUAUUUGCUACUCACUUGUAUCUCAAGACUUGCAAGCCAUCAUCGUGYCCAUCCCAGUAUUCGUCGUAUCCUAAAACUUCGAAUAUUCGUUUCUUGAUCGCCAACGCUACUUUUCCGUGUGUAUCAAAACCAUUGUCACUGGUCCGUUUACUGAAUACACUAGAAGCCGAUCCUGCUCCCGUGGUGCUUCUUUUCAUUUUGUGGGUGGGCGACGUUUCUGCAAGGGCCCGUUCCACGAUCGAUGCGGCUUCUUCUGGGGUGAAAACAUGCAGAAUAUCAAAGACCUUUGGACUGGUUGCCAACACCUUGAGGACGAUUGGUUUUGAUGCAUCUGGUAAAAGUUUCAAGUGGUCCAAUUCAAAAGUUUCUCCGACAAACGCCGGUGCGAAAUGAAACACUCGGCCAGCAGGAACUGCAUACAAAUGAACCUCUGGCGCCUCGCAACUUUUUAACCCAUCGUCRCCCUCUUGUGGAUUGGCACAAGAUUGGGCAGGUGCAGUUCUUGCCUUCUCCGCCAUCGUUUUUAACUGUUCUAGGUUUUGGAUCCUCAAUCCCUCCCUCGUGUAAAAACGGCAGGGAAGCUUAUCCGUUGUAGUUCGUACGAGUUUUUCGUGAUCCAGCAGAAUGGGGGUCUUCUUGCGACCGCGAUCACAAUGUCUAUACAGUUUGUGGAAGUCGGGGUUGAGUUUCUCCUUCUCAUCCUCGCGUCCACACCUAGAAGCGGAUGGAGCAUCGUCGAGCAUCUUUGCUAUACCGUCGGUCAGCCGCGUCUCCAUUUCGUACUUGUCGCCGGCGGUGGUCAAUGUCUCGACGAAGCCGCUAUCGAUGGAGCCUGCUUCCGUCGCUCCACAGGGAUCGGCCUCSCCGUUUCGAUGAAUGACCAACGCCAAAUUGGAAUACCA